CAGCGGCGCGCAACGGUCACUCAACAAAACGAAAAUCGAAAAACCGACGAAACACGGAAACACGGAUUCGAUUCACUCGUUUCGUUUGGCUGAACUUAACCGAAUCCGCGGUCCGAAUCGGAAUCCUCGUCAAUGUGCGCGCCAAUCGCCAAAACAAUCACCCAGUGAAUUUUGGGUCUUGCAAAUAAUUUCGAUCCGCCGCCGUCGCACACUCACAUAAACAACCGCACCGCACACACACACACACACACACACAUACACAUACGUAUAGUAGAAAAAAUAAAGUUGCUAUAAAAAAACAAAUGAAAACAUCGCGCUCGUGGGAAAAUCGAUAUUCCUUUAACCAAAUUGUUAACAUUCGCUGUCAUUCGGGGUUUUCCAAUCGUUAAUAAAUCAUUUUUUUUUUGUCUGUGCAAAGUACGCUGAAAGAGCGAGAAAGAGCGGCGUGAACCGGUGAUGAAGGAGAGGUCGAGAGAAAAUUAGCAAGUUUAUAAAUAUAUAUUCCAACAUAAAAAUUGCAAAUAUUAAUGAACAAGACAAGAUCAGCAGCAGCAACAACAAAAACAAUUAGGCCCAGCAACAAGAAAUUCGAAUACGAAAAUAAACCAAACAAAUCGGCGGGAGCAAAAGAAAGAGAGUGAGGAAGAGCUAUUGAGUAAAAGACGGGAGAGGCGCCAAAAGAAAAGUGUAUAAUUUUCGCGUCACACCCAGAAACACGGAAAACUCCCGCCCACCACCGCCACGCCCCCGACCUUCUGCCACACCAAUAACAAAAACAACAGCUAAACGAAAUCCGAAGAAAAGAAAAACAGACAGAUAAGAAUAAGAAACCCAAACAUUCGGACACUUACUCUUCUUCUUCCCACUCCGUUUUGGCAUGGAAAACAUGAAAUGUCUGACCAGGAAACAGAGCUGAGAGUCUUAAAUGCAAGCAAGCCAGCGGCAGCAACCAAGUCCAAGUUCACCAACAGCUGAAGAGGAAGGGAGGAGCAAACGCCACCGCACGCCCAGGAGCUGAUAGAGGAUUCGGAGCACAGCUUAUCGAGCCGGGUUGCCUGUGCCUGGGUCAACUUCUGUUCCGCUCAGUAGUCCGCUCAAUCGCAAAGAUUUAAGCACAAACAACGUACAGAAACUAUACAUUUGCAACUGACUCAUUCACAGUUUGAGUUGGAGAACGAACGAACGAACGAACAAACUAACAAAAUAAGGCGUAUAAUUGAAAGGAUUACGGAUAACCAAUUACGACGGAUACGCCGCAGCACAAGUCUACUUAAGGCAGGAGGACUAUAGCCAUUUAAGAUACGAUACUACACUCUACCACAUCAUACACCACACACCGCACACAACAAGAUGAACUCCACCACAAAGCAUCUGCUGCACUGCAUACUGCUCAUCACUGUGAUAGUCACCUUCGAAGUAUUCUCCGGCGGUAUUAAGAUUGACGAGAACUCGUUCACGCUCGUGGAUCCAUGGAUUGCAUACGGCCAAGUGGCCACGGUUCUGUUGUACUUACUGCGCUUUCUCACGCUCCUCACGCUGCCCCAAGUGUUGUUCAACUUUUGCGGCCUGGUCUUUUACAAUGCCUUUCCCGAGAAGGUCGUCCUCAAGGGCAGCCCGCUGCUGGCGCCCUUCAUCUGCAUCCGUGUGGUCACGCGCGGCGAUUUCCCGGACCUGGUGAAGACGAAUGUCCUGCGGAACAUGAACACCUGCCUGGACACCGGACUGGAGAACUUUCUCAUCGAAGUGGUCACGGACAAGGCGGUGAAUUUGGCACAACAUCGACGCAUCCGUGAGAUUGUGGUGCCCAAGGAGUACAAAACGCGAACGGGGGCGCUCUUCAAGUCGCGGGCACUGCAAUAUUGUUUGGAGGAUAAUGUCAAUCUGUUGAACGACAGCGAUUGGGUUGUCCACCUGGACGAGGAGACGCUGGUCACGGAGAACUCAGUGCGAGGCAUCAUUAACUUUGUGCUGGAUGGCAAGCAUCCGUUUGGCCAGGGACUGAUCACCUAUGCCAACGAGAACGUGGUCAACUGGCUGACCACGCUGGCGGACAGCUUUCGGGUCUCCGAUGACAUGGGCAAACUGCGGCUGCAGUUCAAGCUCUUCCACAAGCCGCUGUUCAGCUGGAAGGGCAGCUAUGUGGUCACCCAGGUGGGUGCCGAGCGUUCGGUGUCCUUUGACAACGGAAUCGAUGGCUCGGUGGCCGAGGACUGCUUCUUCGCGAUGCGGGCCUUCAGCCAGGGAUACACGUUCGACUUCAUCGAGGGCGAGAUGUACGAGAAGUCGCCGUUCACGCUGCUCGACUUCCUGCAGCAGCGGAAGCGAUGGCUGCAGGGCAUCCUGCUGGUGGUGCACUCCAAGAUGAUACCCUUCAAGCACAAGCUGCUGUUGGGAAUCAGUGUCUACUCGUGGGUCACCAUGCCGUUGUCCACGUCGAACAUCAUCUUUGCGGCACUGUAUCCCAUUCCCUGCCCGAAUCUGGUGGACUUUGUGUGCGCCUUCAUUGCGGCCAUUAACAUCUAUAUGUACGUGUUCGGCGUAAUCAAGUCCUUUUCGCUGUACCGCUUCGGAUUGCUCCGAUUCCUGGCCUGCGUGCUGGGUGCGGUGUGCACGAUACCCGUGAAUGUGGUCAUCGAGAAUGUGGCCGUCAUUUGGGGUCUGGUGGGCAAGAAGCACAAGUUCUACGUGGUGCAGAAGGAUGUGCGCGUGCUGGAGACUGUCUAGGAUAUUGUGGAACUGGAGAGGUGGGGAGGGAGUCAUCAAGUAGUCAUGGCCAUCAUAUCGCUCUAAAACUAAAUCCUUUCAACAUCCCUAAAAAACCAAAUGAAACAAAGCUAAAAACGAAAGAAAUGUCGCACAAUUUGGCCAGGUCCAGUGUGUUGUCCUGUCACUAUCUGAUUGAUCUACUUUAUUUGUACAUUUUCUAAGCAUAAGACUACUCACCCCCACAUAAACCUGCACAGCACACAACCGCACACACGCAUACAAUUGUUGUUUCGUUCUAAAAAUCAUGAUCAUUCAUAAUACCUAUUGCCAAAAAUGAAGGAAAUAAAUCAGAGAAUAGAAGGUUAUUAAAACGCAAAGGAACAAAUGUUAUAGACAAUGUCUUGAAACGAAAUCGUUGAAAGUGCACCACUCACCGGCAGUAACAAAAUACCAACAGCAAUUUGGGGAAUUAUACCGAUCCAAGAAGCACACACAACACACAAAAACUCUCCAUUAAGUGUAAUUUCAUUAUAAAUAUAUUUUUUUGUAUAGUCUGUAGUGAAAAAAAUGCGCUAUAUUUAUAUAAAUAUAAAUAUUGUAUGUAUAUUGUGUAGAUUUAUUAUUAUGAUUACGAUUAUUUAAAAACAUGUACAUUAAUGUAUUGUAAAUUAGUAAUCUGUUAAUUGUCAUUCACACCGAAACCAAGGAUAAAAGAAAAGCGAAGCAAACUUCAUUGUUUAGACUUAUGUACUUACAUACAUGUGCAAUUAUCGAUGUACUUUGUGUAAUUGUUUGACCUAUGUAAAUAUGUCAUUCACUCCAAAGCUUAUACCCGUAGGCCCAGCGGAUAAAGAUCGGAAUUUGUCCGUUUGCAUUGGGAAGUCGUCCGUUCCGUUCACUGCAGGAAAAUCGAUUGUGGUGUGAAUGAUAUGAUCGUGAUUAGUGAAAGAGGUCCUGGAUCAUCUUCAUCUCAGGGCCCCCGUCGAAUUUCUCUGUUCUUCUUUUAAUUCGUAGUACUCUGUUUUUAGUUAUCAGUUACCAUUUUUCUUUUUGUUUUUCUCUUUUCGUCAUUCUGUUUAACUGUUAUCGGUGCUUUGAGAAUCACACCCAAAAACUCACAAUUCCCAAAAAUAUGGAACACGUGCAUUGCAAUCACCUCGUAAAUCCCAAAAGAG